AUAUAACUUCCCCAAGUCACACAGUGGUAUCAGAGCUAAGAAUGGGACCCAGAUAUGACUGAUCCUAGUUCUGUUCCAAAACCGUGCUGUAUUAUAUUAACGUAAGAUAUGUUAUUAUCAUUAUUGAAUCAAGGAAAGUCGCCCACUGCACCUUGGUCCCUGGAUCCAGUAGCCAAAACCUGGGGCUCCCUAAGCACUGCUGACCUAGCGGAGUGGAAGGAAGUUCCCAGGAGCCGAGACACUAGCAGCACUCGGCUCCAUCGUCCCAGGACUGGGAAACACUAGAUCUGUUGGCAGCAGAAGUUGGAUUAUAGUCAUUGAAAAGUGCCAGAUGGGUAGAGUCCUUUCUCUAGGAUGUCAGUAUCCCAGAACCCUCUUCUGAGGAAGAGACUCUGUGGGUACCCAGAGUCUCUUCCCCUGCCUCUUCCCUACCCCGCGCCAAGUCCCCACCCUUCCCUAGUGGAGCUCCGCGGAACGCAGUCCAGGCGGGGCCGGGGCUAGGGACCUUGCCAGAGCUGGUUCUGUGUCGCGCGUCAGAAGCGCUAGAGGUCGUUGCGUGGCGUGGGUGGCUCGGGGAGUGGGUGGCUGAGCGGAGCUGGGGUCCCUGGCCAGAGGCGGAACAAAAUGGGGUCAUGGCCAGGAAGACGCGCUAACGCAGUAAGAGUCACUCAGAGGGCCGGAACUGCCGGAACUGCCGAAGACCGGAGAUGGGAGAGAGCUCAGGAUGGGGAGAGUCUGCAGAGAUUGACGAUGGCGGAAGAAAGCGCAGAAACAGACAAGGGACACACCCACAGAAACAUAUAUAGACUGAGAAAGCCGGGUGCGGGUGGGAAGGCCUACCCUCUGAAGAGGUCCAAGCAACGGAAGUACUACUACGAAGCUGCCUUUCUGGCCAUCCUUGAGAAAAACAGACAGAUGGCCAAGGAGAGGGGCCUAAUAAGCCCCAGUGAUUUUGCCCAGCUGCAAAAAUACAUGGAAUACUCCACCAAAAAGGUCAGUGAUGUCCUAAAGCUCUUCGAGGAUGGCGAGAUGGCUAAAUAUGUCCAAGGAGAUGCCAUUGGGUACGAGGGAUUCCAGCAAUUCCUGAAAAUCUAUCUGGAAGUGGAUAAUGUUCCCAGACACCUAAGCCUGGCACUGUUUCAAUCCUUUGAGACUGGUCACUGCUUAAAUGAGACAAAUGUGACAAAAGAUGUGGUGUGUCUCAAUGAUGUUUCCUGCUACUUUUCCCUUCUGGAGGGUGGUCGGCCAGAAGACAAGUUAGAAUGGUCUUAAGAAACAGAAGAGGAUGGGGGGAGAGGUUGAGUCCUCUAGGACUAAAUUUGAAAGAAGUGGACAAAAUUAUCCUACAGAUGAUGCGAGUGGCUGAAUACCUGGAUUGGGAUGUGUCUGAGCUGAGGCCGAUUCUUCAGGAGAUGAUGAAAGAGAUUGACUAUGAUGGCAGUGGCUCUGUCUCUCAAGCUGAGUGGGUCCGGGCUGGGGCCACCACCGUGCCACUGCUAGUGCUGCUGGGUCUGGAGAUGACUCUGAAGGACGAUGGACAGCACAUGUGGAGGCCCAAGAGGUUCCCCAGACCAGUCUACUGCAAUCUGUGCGAGUCAAGCAUUGGUCUUGGCAAACAGGGACUGAGCUGUAACCUCUGUAAGUACACUGUUCACGACCAGUGUGCCAUGAAAGCCCUGCCUUGUGAAGUCAGCACCUAUGCCAAGUCUCGGAAGGACAUUGGUGUCCAAUCACAUGUGUGGGUGCGAGGAGGCUGUGAGUCCGGGCGCUGCGACCGCUGUCAGAAAAAGAUCCGGAUCUACCACAGUCUGACCGGGCUGCAUUGUGUAUGGUGCCACCUAGAGAUCCACGAUGACUGCCUGCAAGCGGUGGGCCAUGAGUGUGACUGUGGGCUGCUCCGGGAUCACAUCCUGCCUCCAUCUUCCAUCUAUCCCAGUGUCCUGGCCUCUGGACCGGAUCGUAAAAAUAGCAAAACAAGCCAGAAGACCAUGGAUGAUUUAAAUUUGAGCACCUCUGAGGCUCUGCGGAUUGACCCUGUUCCUAACACCCACCCACUUCUCGUCUUUGUCAAUCCUAAGAGUGGCGGGAAGCAGGGGCAGAGGGUGCUCUGGAAGUUCCAGUAUAUAUUAAACCCUCGACAGGUGUUCAACCUCCUAAAGGAUGGUCCUGAGAUAGGGCUCCGAUUAUUCAAGGAUGUUCCUGAUAGCCGGAUUUUGGUGUGUGGUGGAGAUGGCACAGUAGGCUGGAUUCUAGAGACCAUUGACAAAGCUAACUUGCCAGUUUUGCCUCCUGUUGCUGUGUUGCCCCUGGGUACUGGAAAUGAUCUGGCUCGAUGCCUAAGAUGGGGAGGAGGGUAUGAAGGACAGAAUCUGGCAAAGAUCCUCAAGGAUUUAGAGAUGAGUAAAGUGGUACAUAUGGAUCGAUGGUCUGUGGAGGUGAUACCUCAACAAACUGAAGAAAAAAGUGACCCAGUCCCCUUUCAAAUCAUCAAUAACUACUUCUCUAUUGGCGUGGAUGCCUCUAUUGCUCAUCGAUUCCACAUCAUGCGAGAGAAAUAUCCGGAGAAGUUCAACAGCAGAAUGAAGAACAAGCUAUGGUACUUCGAAUUUGCCACAUCUGAAUCCAUCUUCUCAACAUGCAAAAAGCUGGAGGAGUCUUUGACAGUUGAGAUCUGUGGGAAACCGCUGGAUCUGAGCAACCUGUCCCUAGAAGGCAUCGCAGUGCUAAACAUCCCUAGCAUGCAUGGUGGCUCCAACCUCUGGGGUGAUACCAGGAGACCCCAUGGGGAUAUCUAUGGGAUCAACCAGGCCUUAGGUGCUACAGCUAAAGUCAUCACCGACCCUGAUAUCCUGAAAACCUGUGUACCAGACCUAAGUGACAAGAGACUGGAAGUGGUCGGGCUGGAGGGUGCAAUUGAGAUGGGCCAAAUCUAUACCAAGCUCAAGAAUGCCGGACGUCGGCUGGCCAAGUGCUCUGAGAUCACCUUCCACACCACAAAAACCCUUCCCAUGCAAAUUGAUGGAGAACCCUGGAUGCAGACGCCCUGUACAAUCAAGAUCACCCACAAGAACCAGAUGCCCAUGCUCAUGGGCCCACCCCCCCGCUCCACCAAUUUCUUUGGCUUCUUGAGCUAAGGGGGACACCCUUGGCCUCCAAGCCAGCCUUGAACCCACCUCCCUGUCCCUGGACUCUACUCCCGAGGCUCUGUACAUUGCUGCCACAUACUCCUGCCAGCUUGGGGGAGUGUUCCUUCACCCUCACAGUAUUUAUUAUCCUGCACCACCUCACUGUUCCCCAUGCGCACACACAUACACACACCCCAAAACACAUACAUUGAAAGUGCCUCAUCUGAAUAAAAUGACUUGUGUUUCCCCUUUGGGAUCUGCUAA